CGCCGGCGGGCACGCGGUGGGAGCUGCCCUGCAGGCCGCCCCUGGGCCUUGUAGAGAGAGAAAGGAGUACUUGCUGGCUUUAACCUCCCUGGGUACGGUGUCUGAGCGGAGGAAAAGCAGAAUUUCUUCAAGAUGCCGAUGAAGAAGCACAGGAGAAAAGACACUGAAGAUUCCCAGGAACCUUUGGAGAAGACCAGAGAGCAGCUGGCCGAGGCAGAGCUUCGGAGGCUGAGGCAGCAGUUCCGGAAGAUGGUGGACAGUCGGAAGUCCUUUAACUUCCGCUCCCAGCAGAAGAUCACAAACCAACACAAGGAAAUCAAGACCCUGCAGGAGGAGCAGGAUGAGAUCACCCUGCUUUUGAAUCUCAUCAAGUCCUCCAGGAACUUGGAUCUGAAUGAGAAAAACUACUUGGAGCUGCGUUUCCUGCUGCAAACCAAGGAGGACUACGAGGCCAUGAUUAAAUCAAUGAAAGUGCUAUUGGCUGAACUGGAUGAGAAGAUUGGUCUGAUGGAAAAAAAAAUUAUAAACCAAAGACAGAUCUUCUCAAAAACGCAAGAGGCCAAUAACCCCCAGAAACUGCAAAAACAGAUCCACGUUUUGGAAACCCGUUUGAAUCUUGUCACUGUACACUUUGACAAGGUGCUGACUACCAACGCGAAGCUCCGGAAGGAGAUCGAGGACCUACGGUAUGAGAAGGCUGCUUACGACAACGUCUACCAGCAGCUUCAUCGGCGCUUGUCGAUGCAGAAGAAAACGAUGAAUGUGGCCAUCGAGCAGUCUGCACAGGCCUACGAGCAGAGGCUGGAAGCCAUGGCUCGAAUGGCUGCCAUGAAGGACCGCCAGCAGAAGGAUAUCUCUCAGUACAACCUGGAGAUCCGAGAGCUGGAGCGUCUCUACGAUCACGAAACCAAGCUCAAAUCCUUCCUACUCGUCAAGCUGAAUGAUCGCCUUGAGUUUGAGGAGCAAUCCAAAAAGGAAGAAGCUCUCAAGGCAAAGAAGCACGGGAAGAAGAACAAGGGAGAGAGCUUUGAGAGCUACGAGGUGGCUCACCUCCGGCUGCUGAAGCUGACGAAGAAUGGGAACAUGAAUCAGCUCAUCGAGGAGUUUCUGGCCAGAGAGGAGAAGAACUUUGCUCGGUUCACAUACGUCACGGAGCUCAACAACGACAUGGAGAUGAUGCACAAGAAGAUUGAGCGAAUCCAGAAUGAGAUCAUCCACUUGCAAUCCCAGCAGAAAUCGUCCCAUGAUGACAGCCGCUCCAUCCUGAGACAGCUGGAGGAGAAACUAAAGAAGACCACGGAGGAGGCAGACAUGUAUGAGAACAACUACAAGGAGAUCAGCGAGACCUUGGAGUAUCUCAAGAACUCGGUGGAGAAUCUGUUUAAGAAGAUAAAUUGUGAUGCCACCAAGAUCCUGGUGCAGUUAGGGGAGACAGGGAAAAUCACUGAUACCAACCUACCGCAGUACUUUGCCAUCAUUGAAAAAAAGACCAAUGACCUGCUGCUGUUAGAAUCCUACAAGCGGAUCAUGGAAAUGGAAGCAUCAGAGACGGACACCCCGCAACCCUUCAUCAACCCCUUCUGGGGCGGCUCUGUCCUCCUCAAGCCUGCAGAACCCACGAAGGUCAUCCCUCCAGUCUUUGGGGCUGACCCCUUUAUCGACAGGUUGGAUGAAGUGGACCAGCCUCUGGACCACAGCACCCUUCGGCAAAUGGUGCUCAGCCACUACACCGCAAGAGAGUCUCGAAACAGGGAUUUACGCAUGGACAGCGUGCCUGAAAAAGGGGGCGAUCUGAGGCCUAAGAAGAAGUUAACGGUCUGAAGUGGAUGUGGCCACGUUUGUUUCAUAACCAGAGAGAGUAAAUGUUUUGUUCCGUAAC